GGCCACAGCACGCGUGUCGGCCAGCUACCCUCGCCUCUAUUCCCGUCGCCAUGCGCGCGUCGCGUAAUCUCCUCCUAGUACCGCCUGAUAGCCCGACAGCACACCGCUCCCGCAGCGCGCACAGGCCGACAUGGGAUCAAAUCAGCCGAGGCGCGUCGGCUCGCUACUCCCUCGUGUUCGCCCAUCGGCGCGCCGUCGCCCUCCCAAACGCCAUAACUCCCCCCAUAUGCCGGCCCUUCUCCCCCUCGUCCUCCGCCGUUCGCUCGCCCUCCACCUUUCGCUCAUCUCCCCUUUCCGCCCUUUCUCCACGUCUUUCUGUCCUCGCCGCUUUACCACGCGAUGCCUCUCCGAGAGAUUCUCCCCUCAGCCGCCUUCCCCACCCGGCCGCUGAGGAUAUUGCGCCGACUCCAGUGCCUCGACCCACCCUGGGGGCGACAACUUGCCGAAACUCUUGGAGACCAUUCUUGUUCGUUGACUGGAUGUGUUCACUGGUCCUGCUGCAGAUAGAGAGUACGGGCCUUCCUUGAGAGUCUAGGCGCGGGCCACGGAGUACCAGGAACAUCGGAGUAUGCUCUAGUACGACUCAGUAGUACGGCUCGGAGCGUCGGGCCCUCCGGCGGAGGGGCGUGCGAAGGAAGGGUCCGGAGUGGGCGAUAGGGAAACCGCGGGACCGUUGGCGCAACCGAGGGACCGUUGGCGCAACCGCGGGACCAUUGGCGCAACCGCGGGACCAUUGGCGCAACCGCGACGGCCAGAUACCACCGAGGCCACUAUGGCGUCCCUUUUGCUGCUCGCGCCUAAAAAAUUGCCCCCUGCAUGCCUUGCUUCUCGCGCUGCAGCAGCUGCAGCACGCGCGUCCUCUCCCGACCCACGGCACCGUCGCACCAGCAGCGUGCGAUGCCGUCGCCCCGUGCUGCCGACCUCGCUUGCUUUCGCACG